UUUUGUUCCCCUUCCUUUUACAGCAGUAGAAAUGCUAACUCUGACGCGUCGGACGCUGACAAGUCUCGCAUCAGCAUCUUGCGCUUAUUCUACUAGCUCUUCUUCAUAUGCUGCCGUUGCGUCCGGCGUGGUGGUGGUGGCGGGAUUGGCAGGGAUGAGCGCGUCGGACGGCUCCACGAGGCAGCCGGGCGAGGCGCAUGUCGGACGAGUCGCACGCCGCGGAUUCGCUUCGAGCGCUGUGGCAAUGCUGGGCAGUCACUUUUCAGUCACUGUUGGAGGUGGCGCAGUCGCACUCGCCCCGCGCAGUAAUGCUGCGACGAGGCUGCGAUCGCGCCCAACGCAAAACGAGGGCCAAGACAGAACCGACGGUCCACCGCGUCGCAGCGCUGCCGACCAUCACGAGCGAGGCAGGACGAGUGAUGCACGUCAUCGCGACCAGCCUGCGAGGGGCAGGAGGCUGCCACGCAGCGAGCCAGGACGGCAGACGCGCCACGCUGAUCUGGCCGCUCGCGACGAGAUGUCAUCAGCACGCGAAACACGCCAAGCUCGGACUCCCUCGCUGCGAGUCAGGGACACGGAUCUCAUUGUGGGCGACGCUGAGGAAGCUGCUCCUGCGAAACGAGCGGCGCACUCACCGCCGACCAGCCCGGACAACGACGCGCCGACUCCAUUCACGAGCAGCCGCCACCGGAGGCUCGGCGCCAUCCGAGACGAGGAGGACCAAGACGAAGCUGAAGCGCCAAUUCGAACCGUGCGAUCGACGCAGACACCCCGCAGUCCUCGCGGCGGCGUGAUUCUGCCGGAAGACAUUCAGCACUUGCCCCUCGCGGAGCAGAUGCGAGUGGUCAAACGCCACCAGCUCGCAAAGCAGAACAAGUCGCUCGGUGCACGCCGACGCACAAUGUUGGGACAGGAAAAGCAGCGUCUGAAGGAGAUUCACCAAAAGCAAGGCGCCGAGGGUCUCGCGAAGGCCUACUCGGCACUGCUCAACGACGAGAGCAACGCGCACGCCCGACGCAAUCGUAUCGUGACCACCUUCCCUGCAGAUCCUGCUGCACCAUCCAACGGUCCAGAGAUGGAGAACAAGAAGACGUUCGAAUCGCUGGGUCUUAGUCCCGCGCUGAUUGCUGCUCUAGCUGAGCAAGAGAUUACCACGCCCACAAGGAUUCAGUCACGAGCUCUUCCCCAAGUCCUUGCCGGACAUGACACUGGUAUUGCAGCGGAAACAGGAAGCGGCAAAACCCUGUCGUAUUUGCUACCCAUUGUCGAGGGCAUUAAAAAGAGCGACGCUCAAGGAGACUUUGUUCGUCCCGGGAGACCGCGUGCGUUGAUUCUAGUUCCCCAUCGCUUGCUCGCAAUGCAGGUUGCUAAUGUCUCGAAACGUCUCGGCAAAGCAGUCAAGUUUAGCACGUUCUGUGUUAUGGGCGGCGAUCGAAUUAGUAGACAAAAGAGUGCAAUGGAAAAGCCUUUGGAUGUCAUGGUGGCGACACCUCAGCGGUUGCUCGAGCUGUUGCAAAAUAAAUAUGUCUCGCUCGCCGAUGUCAAAUAUCUCGUUCUUGAUGAGGCGGACGCUCUCUUCGAAGAGCAGUUUUUGGCGGAAAUCACCACUGUUCUGCGACCUUUGAUUGAACGCCGAAAAGCAAUCGUGGCAAGCGCAGAAGCUGAAGCCCAAGGCCAAGCGCCGCAACGCACCUUCACUCCUCUCCAAGUCAUGUUUGUCUGCGCUACCAAGAUGCAGCACCUUGUCCAAGCGAUUCGCCAGUACUUCCCGUUUGGUCAUAUUGCUGCUGCGACCACUCCGACGCUGCAUCGAGCGCUUGCCAAUCUCAACCAUCGAUUCAUUGAUGUCGUCGGCACGAUUGGAAAACUUUCGGAACUGAAGGAAUUGGCCAAGAAGGGCUUCAAAUCACCCACGCUCAUUUUCUGUGACGGUCUGGAAAGCGUGACUUGGGUGCACCACCGUCUGAGCGAGUUUGGUAUCAAAGCUGAGCGGCUGCACUCUCAAAUUCAGCAUCGUGAUCGCCUCACCAUUUGGAAGUCCUUCUUGCAAGGAGAAAGCAAGGUGCUAGUGUGCACAGACCUUGCGGCUCGAGGGCUGGAUGCGCCGAUGGUGGAGCAUGUGGUCAUGUUUGAUCCGCCGCGGAGUCACAGCGAGUAUGUGCAUCGCGCAGGCCGUGCCGGCCGCGCUGGCCGCACCGGCACAGUGACGACGCUGUACAGCUCGAGCGAGCGUCGUUUGGUCAAGGAUAUUCAAGAACGCAUUGAGAAGGGUCAAGCACUUGCUGUUACGGAUUGAUGAGAUGUUCAGAUUCUCGCAAACCAUGAUGGAAAACAAGCUGCUUUUUCUAAAUGUUGUCGACAGCCCCUGUUGUUCUUGAAAUUCAAUCAUCCAUCCAUGAUCAUCCCA